AUGGAAACGCAGGGGCUGCCCGCCGCGGAGGCGGCCCGGGCCCGGCCCGGCACCCAACAUGGCGGCCCCGCCGCGCCGUCCGCCGCCCCGCGCCGCCCGCCGCCGCCGCCCGCCGCCGCCUCCUCCCCCGCCGCCUCCUCCCCCGCCGCCAGCACCGCCUCGGCGGGCCUCUACGUGAGCUUCCCGGUGCUGCUGGUGGAGGAGAAGCCGGAGCCCGGCGCCAGCGCGGCGCCCGGCCCCUGCGCGCCGCCGGCGGGGCCCGCGCCCGACAACGACGGGCUCCUGCUCGUCUUCAACGUGGUGCGCGGCGCGGCCGAGGCCGGCGCGGGCGGCGGCGGCAGCGAAGCGGGGCGCGCCCAGCCCGGCCCGCCGCCCGCCGAGCCGCCCGAGGAGGCCCCCGGCUCGGCGGAGCCGCCGCCGCCGCCUCUGCCGCCUCCGCCUCUGCCGCCGCCCGCCGCCGCCUGCGGCGAGGGCGAGGGCGAUGGCGGCGCGGCGGAGGACGGCUCCUUCUCGGGGACCAUCACCAUCAACAACCAGAGCCUGGUCGUGCGCAUCGAGAACGGCGUCCUGACGCUGGGGCCCGGCGCCGAGCAGGCCGCGGGCGCCGCGCCGCCGCCGCCCACCCCGCCGCCGCCCGCCGCCGCCGAGCCGCCGGGCGGGCCGCGGCCGCGCUCGCCGCCGCCCUUCCCCUGCCCCGAGCCGCGCUGCGGCGAGGCCUUUCCCCGCAAGCAGCAGCUGCGGCUGCACCGGCUCGCGGCGCACGGCGGCGGCGGCGAGGAGGAGGAGGAGGAGGGCGGCCGCGGGGCGGCGGCGGCGCGGCCCUUCGGCUGCCCGGUGCCCGGCUGCGCCUGGUCCUUCGCCACGGCCUACAAGCUGCGGCGGCACCUGCACUCGCACGACAAGCUGCGGCCCUUCGCCUGCGCGGCGCCGGGCUGCGCCAAGCGCUUCACCACGGUCUACAACCUGCGGGCCCACAGCCGCGCCCACGAGCAGGAGGCGGCGCACAAGUGCGAGGCGUGCGGGCAGCGCUUCCCCAGCGCCGCCCGCCUCGCCGCCCACCGCCGCCGCAGCCACCUGGAGCCCGAGCGGCCCUUCCGCUGCGACUUCCCCGGGUGCGAGAGGACCUUCAUCACCGUGAGCGCGCUCUUCUCGCACAACCGAGCCCACUUCAGAGAGCAAGAGCAGUUCUCCUGCUCUUUCCCCGGCUGCAACAAGCAGUACGACAAGGCCUGCCGCCUGAAAAUCCACAUGCGGAGUCACACAGGUGAAAGGCCUUUUAUCUGCGACUUUGAAGGUUGUGGCUGGUCUUUCACCAGUAUGUCCAAGCUACUGAGACAUAAAAGGAAACAUGAAGAUGACAGAAGGUUUAUGUGUCCAGUAGAAGGUUGUGGGAAGUCCUUCACAAGAGCAGAACACUUGAAAGGCCAUAGUAUAACUCACCUUGGUACAAAACCAUUCGAGUGUCCAGUAGAAGGCUGUUGUGCAAAAUUCUCAGCACGAAGUAGUCUAUAUAUUCACUCCAAAAAGCAUCUUCAAGAUGUGGACUCAUUAAAGACUCGCUGCCCUAUAUCCAGCUGUAAUAAAUUGUUCACUUCCAAACACAGCAUGAAAACACAUAUGGUAAAACAGCACAACUUCAGCCCAGAUCUCCUUACUCAGCUUGAAGCAACCAGCUCCCUCACACCCAGCAGUGAACUCACUAGUCCAGGACAAAGUGAUCUCAGCAACAUAGACCUCGUAUCCCUGUUCUCCAAUGUGUCCAGUAACAAUUCUGGAAUUGCAACAGACAUGGCACUAGUGAACUCUGGGAUUGUCACAAUAGACGUUGCUUCAGUGGGCUCGACGCUCGGAGGAAACCUGCCUGUCAGUAACAAUUCUUUAAGUCAGACAGUUGAUCCCUUGAUAUUGGUGGCUAGUAGUGAUAUGCCGCAGAGCUUGGACAGUUCUCUUCUACUGGGAACCGGUGCAACAGUUCUACAGCAAAGCACUUUAAAUUUGGAUGAUGUACAGACUGUCAACGCGGAAGCCUUGGGUUCGCUAGCAUCUCUAUCGGUGAGGAAUUCCAAUCAAGAUAUGCACGGUUUGACGUCCAGCAAUAAUUUAACAAUUGACACUGCCACUUUGACUCCUUCUAGUAGCCUCGGUGGUACCAAUGUGCCUGAGUUACUAACGCCAACUAAAGUUGAACGAAAUUUACUUCCCAGCUCGGAUGUUGUUGGCCAGCAAGAAGGCAGCAAAGUAGUGACUCAGUUUGUUUUCUCCAACCCUCCAGGAAGCUACAGUGCUCAGAAAGAAAUGGAUCUUAGCACAGUGACUGGCAGUUCAUUUUUGGAGAGUUGUGGGUCUGCGAGAACAGACUACAGAGCUAUUCAGCUAGCCAAGAAAAGAAAACAAAAAGGGAAUGGGAGCAGCACAGGGGCAUCUGGCUCUGGUCAGAGGAAAAGCAAAGGUGAUAAAGUAAGCCCUACCAGCUUUUCGUCAUCCACUCCUGGCGGUCGACUGGGUGGCAACGUUGUUCUGCCAAAUGGAGGGCUGACAAUAAGGGACCCUGCCACUGGAGCACAGUAUGUGCAAAUUCAGCUCCUUCAGGAUGAUCCUCCAGGAGAGGGAGAUUUGCCCUUUCAACUGAGCUCUCAGUCCUCCUCAUCGCAUUCUCAGCUUACAGUGGAUUUACCUGUUCACAUACUUCAGGAGCCACACAAUUCCACUGAAGAUGAUGCAGGUUCUGAUAACUCUCAAUUCACUGGAAGCACAAUAAACCUACAGGAUCUGGAAUGACCAUUAUUAAGAACAGUUACUUGAAAACAAAUCAGGCAAUCGUGUUUUGGCAGAGAUAAGUGUGGGUCUUUUUCCAAGGAAACUAUGAAAACUAGGAGUACUGGAUUAUGGUUGCACUCUUUGCAAUUUGCUAAGGAAAGUUACAGCUGAAAGGUUUUUCUUAAAAUAUGUAAAUUCUACUUGAUGUGCCUGUGUAAGAUACUCCGUCUGCCUGGUGGUCAGAGAGACUGAGGCAGGCUGCUGUACAGUGUUGUUUCAGGGAGAAGUACUGUAUUACACUUCAAACUGAGGUAAUAUUUACUGUUUUCACAGGAAAGCAAGUAUUCUGCAGCUAACAUAUACAAAUUUAUAAUCCUGACAAUAACAGUUCAAACUUUCCUUCUGUUGGUCUCCGGUUGGAGCCAGUGACAUUGAGGAAUUAAGAGCAAAUCUUGCAGGUGUUUUCCAUUAGAAAAAAAAAAUUGUUUAGCCCCUGUUCGUUGGCAGAAAACUGGAAUAAAAUAUCAUAUCUAACAAAAUUAACAUACAAUGCCAUGAAAAUGAGAUGCUCCAAAAUCUUUGUUUUAGAAAACUAGAUUCUAAAUGUUAACUUAGCUGUGAAUCAGUGUGUAGCUCAUGUUGAGUUUCUCCCUUUCUUUGCUCCUACUUCCCAAAUAAUCUGCUGAAUUCUUCCAGCAACACUUGAAAAAUGAAACUGCAAUAGAGCUGUAUUCACUGUAAGUGAUUACCUAAAAGUCCAACAGCAUCUGAGAGAGGUUAGUUAUCUUUGUGUUCCCUUUUUGGGAGGAAUGUUGAUGGUCACUUAAAUUUAAGCACCUUGAUUAUAUCUCAUACAUAAACUGCUGCCAAGUUACCUGUAAACUGGCCACUAUUUUUUUUUUCCGUUUGAACACUGUUCAACGCUUGUUCUUUAGUGAUAUCCCAGAAUAUCAUGUGAGCCUGGAGCUUCCAGCUGGUUUACAGAAUAUGCAGUUGUUAGACAGUUUUGGGAGGGGCAAAAAAUUGUUACCUAGGAAGAUUUGCCCCCUUGAGAAACUGCAGUUUCUAGUGGGGGGGUGGGAUGGGGAGGGAAAGGGAGGUUGUAUGUACUUAACCUGGAUUGCAUACACCUAAAUAAGCAUAACGUUGUAUAGAAGAAGAAACCCUUUGGUUACAUUUUAAGGCAGUAAUAUAAAUGUUUCUUAUGGUGGUGUCCUGAAUGCCUAUAAAAUAUUAUGUAUAGGAGUUUGAUAAAAGGGUGUAUGUACUGUUUUUUAUUCUCAAUGAGGUGUGUGUGUGUAUGCACGUAUGUGUAUAUUUUUUACAAAAUAACGUCAUGCAGAAGAACAUUGUGAUCUUUCUAAUCUUGCACAUAUUUAUUUAUUUUACAGUUAUACUGAUGUUGAAUUCACCUGAGGUCAUUCAGAAAUGCUUUUACUUCCUGUGCCUUUUGAACUAUGUAUGUGUCCAGAUAAAUGCUUUUGUUGAAGACUUGAAAAAAAAAAGGAUACAGGUUACAGUCAACUUCAGAUCCUGAUUUGUAGGCAGUGUUUUAUUCUCUGGUUGAACCAGUUUUAUUUUUCUAUCUUCAGCUUCAGUAAUUGAGUGUUAGGGUCUCUGUUCUUCUCAUCCUGAAUUUGCAGCUUAAGUCCAGGGAAUUUCUUAACCCUCUCAGGAAGGGUUUCCAAACCAAACUAAUUGGUAGGGGAGAUCUUCUAUCUAAUGGCUGGAGUCCGCUCCUGAGAGGUAGAAGGGUUGAGGAGGAAUCUUGUUGAAGGGACAACUGGGUCUUCUCCAGCAGUCACCAUGCUCUCCCGGGAAGCUGAGACUCCUCAAACUCCUGAUGCCUGCAUUAUUCUAUUCUCAAGGACCAUACCAGUUCUCAAUCUAAUAAAAUGGCCAAGGAACACUCCAUCUUUUUAUGGGACUUGCAACUGAAUCUUCUACUUCUGAAAAUGUACCUCACUGAGCUUUGUAAAUGAAUGUAAAGUGCUAACCUCUUGGGGCUGAAAAUUGGAUCACUUGGCUUGAAGUCCAUUGCUGGCAAUGGAUACCUGAAGAACUGCUGGUGCAAAAGGGUUAAUAAAGCUUUUUUUUUUUUUUUUUUUUUAUGGUCACUUUGUCACUGGUAGUGUUAUUGGUGUGGAUACGUCUGAUAUAAAGCUAAUGGUCAACA